UCGUUCACACAGUGGAGAGUUCAGCACGCUGUCUGUCGGUGACCAAUCGAACGCUACUAUAUGAACACACGUGUCUUUCUGUCAUCCCUCUAUUACUUCAUUCUUGUACCUGAAAUGCUCCCAAACCCCCGCAGCCUACAAUUUUUCUCUCGCCGCUUUUUCAUUUAUAUUUUUUCCCUUCGCCAACCGACAUCGCAGUCGCCAUAUUUUCCGGUUAAUCUCGCCGGAAAUAUGAUGCUUCCGUUAUCUAACCCUUUGUCACCUGAACCAACUAAACGACUAAAAAGCACCGAGUCGGAUCGGAAAAAUUCUUACAAUUCGUUGCUGCAAUCACCUCUAUCACUCCACAACCCUCGCUCAUGGCUUCUAAUCUCCAUCCUCUCUCUCCAGACGAUUCUCUUCAUAAUGCUCCGUUCCACCUCUGUUUCUUUCACCGCCCGCCAAGUCGCCGAACAACCAACCUCUACAACGACCUCCAAUAUCCACGGCACCGUCAAGCUUAUUCCGUAUCAGAUGCCACAACAGCAUAAACAUCAACAUGAAGGGCAACAAGAGCAUCAAACGCAAAAAGAGCAAUCUGAGUCCAAUAUUUCAGCCACAAUUUCGAUGUCAGCAGAGCAAUGCAGCUCCGGGAGAAUCUUUGUGUACGAUAUGCCAAAGCCUUUCAACCAAGACUUAUUAGAAAACUGUCAUGAAUUAAGCCCAUGGGGUUCUCGUUGUGAAAUGCUGAUAAAUGGCGGCUUUGGUCGUAGUGCAACUGACUUAAACGGCGUCGUACCGGCUAAUUUAAUUCCCGCCUGGCACUGGACCGAUCAGUUUGUAUCGGAGAUUAUCUUCCACAAUAGGCUGUUAAACCAUAAGUGUAGAACCUUAGAGGCGGAAUCAGCUACGGCGUUCUACAUACCUUUCUACGCUGGACUUGCGGCGGGGAAAUACUUGUGGUCGCAUUCAAACGCCAAGGACCGUGAUUAUCACUGCGAGAUGAUGCUUCGUUGGGUACGGGAUCAACCCUACUUCAAUCGAUCCAACGGCUGGGAUCAUUUCAUCACCAUGGGGAGAAUCUCGUGGGAUUUUAGACGGUCCAAAGACGAAGACUGGGGCUCCGGUUGCAUUCACAGGCCAGGUAUGAGAAACGUUACUCGUCUUCUGAUUGAACGCAAUCCGUGGGACUAUUUUGAUGUCGGUGUACCUUACCCCACUGGAUUCCACCCUAGAUCCGACUCGGAUAUCUCGCAGUGGCAGAACUUCGUUCGCAAUCGUAACCGUUCAACUCUCUUCUGCUUCGCCGGGGGGACGCGUGGCAAAAUCAAGAAUGAUUUUCGGGGUCAGUUAUUGAGUCAUUGUAAGGAAGAGUCUGAAUAUUGCAAAGUCGUCAAUUGUGCCGGAACGCGAUGCUCCAACGGUACCUCGGCGAUUCUCGAAACGUUUCUUGACUCCGAUUUUUGCCUGCAACCGAGAGGAGAUAGCUUCACCCGCCGGUCUAUUUUUGAUUGCAUGGUGGCCGGUUCGAUUCCGGUUUUUUUCUGGAAGCGAUCGGCUUAUUAUCAAUACCAGUGGUUUUUACCGGGGGAUCCGGCAAGUUACUCGGUUUUUAUUGACCGUAACGCCGUGAUAAACGGGACGACGUCUGUGCGGUCAGUGCUGGAAAGUUAUAGUAAGGAAGAGGUGAAGAAAAUGAGGAAUCAAGUAAUCAAUUAUAUACCGAAUUUUGUGUAUGCGAAACACCGGGAAGGUUUAAAGACUAUAAAAGAUGCAUUUGAUGUGGCCAUUGAUGGAGUAUUGAGGAGGUUCAAGGAACAAGAAGAGUGGGGAUACAAGUGGUAAUAAAAGAAACUGCGAGGGUCACAGAGGGAAUUACAUAAUGGGCAAUGCUGAAUUUGGUGUCAGAGAAAUUAGAUAGAAGUUUUAUACUGCAUCAUAUGAUAGUGGGGGGAGAAACAGUUUUUCUUGUAAUUCUUUGGUUGAGGGCUCAAAAACUUCUGAUACUUCGGCAGUGAGGCAGGCGAGCCGUGGGGUUGGGAUGACUUAAUGAGUGAAAGCGAUGAGGAAGAGGACCACUGCUGGGGCUAGCCUUGGUGGCUCAAGAGUAUUUGAUGAUUACUGCAAUUUUUUCUUGUGACUUGUGCCAAUGGUAUGAUAAAUAAGUAUGGCUUAUAAUAUGAUUUUGUUUAAUGGAUUAGAUGCUUUUCGACC